AUUGGAGAGCUCAGGACAAGAGGAGGGACUGCAAUCAGUACACUUAGUGCUCAAUGAGAUACCAGCCAAUACACACACACACUCUCUCACACACACACAUAUACACACAGUCACUGAGCUAUCAGGAGGUCCCCCAAUCACAGCCAGGUUACAUUGGCUACUAACUAGAGUGUGAUCAGCACUCAACAAAUCCUUUCAUCAUCAUUCAUCACACUGCAAAGGGCUGCCCUGCAACGUCAUUUUCACAGAAGGGGAGAAAAAAAACUCAUGAUCCUCCCAAGAAGCUUCUUUUCUUAACUUAUCCUGAGUUUUGCUUCAGUUUUCUGGAGGAGGCUGAACCUGACAGUCCAGCUUCUUGCAUCUACUUGAGACUUGGCCAUCUGCAGCCACCCUUGAGAAGACUUGGACAAUUGCACCUCCUCUGGACUCAUUGGAAGCCACCUCCGACGUCGGGCUCUUCUGUCUGGGCACCAAGCAGCUACUUCUUUGGAAGGAGGAUCGCUCUGAUUUUCUUUAGUUUUUUUUUAUCCCAGGCUCUUGUUUGCGAAGCAGUCAAGGAUCCUGUUUAGGGGGAGCUUUGUGUUUGGGGGGCGAUCUGCCUUGGUCUAGCCCUCCGCCUAGGCUCUCCGGUAUCCUGGACAGGGAGAUGGGAGGGGAACCGUGCCUGAGCUCCUAGGACUAAGCAGCUCUGCACCUUCUCCCAGCCAAGGACUUUCCCCAGCCUGCCUGCCAGACACACACAGCAAGCCUCCCAGGGACUAUCCUCCUUACUACACAGCCUCACCAUGAGCUACAUGACAUCCAUGCUUGGAUAUAUGUUGAUGCACUUAUUUGUCAUCUGCUUACAAGCUCAGGUAACUGUUCAGUCCCCACCUAAUUUUACACAGCAUGUGAGGGAGCAAAGCCUGGUGACCGACCAGCUGAGCAGAAGGCUUAUCAGGACCUACCAGCUAUACAGCCGGACCAGCGGGAAACACGUACAAGUGAUGGACAACAAGAAAAUCAAUGCAAUGGCCGAAGAUGGGGAUCCACAUGCCAAGUUGAUUGUGGAAACAGACACGUUUGGAAGCAAAGUCCGCAUUAAAGGUGCCGAGACGGGUUAUUAUAUCUGCAUGAACAAGAAAGGAAAGCUGGUUGGCAAGACAAAUGGAAGAGGAAAAGACUGUGUCUUCACAGAAAUUGUCUUGGAAAACAACUACACAGCAUUACAAAAUGCCAAGUAUGAAGGAUGGUACAUGGCGUUUACCCGUAGAGGACGCCCAAGAAAAGGAUCCAAGACAAGGCAACACCAACGAGAGGUUCACUUUAUGAAAAGGUUACCUAAGGGUCAUCACACCACUGAACCUCAUAAACGUUUUGAAUUUAUUAAUUACCCUUUUAAUCGGAGGAGUAAAAGGACUCGAUACUCAAGCUCUCGGUAGGAACUGGAUAAUGGUCCACUCCUCGGACUUUGAACAGACUACUCUAUUCUAAUAUAAGAUUAAAAAAAAGACUUAUGGACUAGUGGUUUAUAUAUAAAUAUACAUAUAUAUUUUUU